GUAGCUCGCCAUGGCUCAUCAGGACUGAACUCCUCUCUCUAUCUAGUCGACAAAGAGAUGGAGCACAGUACCGAGCCAGCACACAGGAACGACUCAUCAUCAAUCAUCCCAAGAAGCCUACAUCUGAAGUCACCGACCGACUCUUUGAUUCUUUCUAUCGAUCGUCAAUAAUAAUACAAGCAGGAAAGAACUCAGAUGAUCAGGAGGCGAUAUUAGUCCUCCUGUUGCUAGUGGUUGUGGCUUUGGCUCUUGGGGGAGAGCUUGGGACUAGAAGAUAUCCGCAGAUGGAGUUGACUCGCAGAAAACACUGGAAACAUGCUCCUUUUGCGCCUUCCUCUUCCUCCUUGUCGCAGUCCUCGUCCUCUGCUCCUUUCAGGUGGAGCGAUGGCUCAUCUGGCAGCGGCGAUGACGAUUUGGUAGAGAAGGAGCACAUGUUCGACAAGGUGGUGACGCCGAGCGACGUCGGCAAGCUGAACCGGCUGGUUAUCCCCAAGCAGCACGCCGAGAGGUACUUCCCGCUGGACGCGUCGGCCACCCAGAGAGGGCUGUUGCUCAGCUUCGAGGACCGCAACGGCAACUCGUGGCGCUUCCGGUACUCCUACUGGAACAGCAGCCAGAGCUUCGUGAUGACCAAGGGGUGGAGCCGCUUCGUCAAGGAGAAGCGGCUAGCCGCUGGGGACACCGUCUCGUUUGGCCGCGGUGUCGGCGAGUCCGGACGCGACCGGCUUUACAUUGAUUGGAAGCGGCGGCCUGAGAGACUUCACCCAUUCCCAGUGCCACGAAUCCCUCUCCCUGGAGUAACCUUUGCGAGGUCGGUCGGACCAACGGGCGGACACCUCUACAUGCUACCUGCGACGACGACGGUGUACGGCCACCACGGCCAGGGUUACGGCUACAAUAUCGCAAGCAUGACUGCUUUGGAGGAGCAGUUUCUUUACUUCCCACCUCCAGUGACCGGUCGGCCGCCGAUCGAGGUGCAACCUGGUGGCGGUGGUGGCCUGUCGAUGGUUCUUGAUCCGGUGCCCGUCGCCCACAGCCAUGCCACGGCCAGGCACGUCAGGCUGUUCGGGGUGAACCUCGUGUGCCCCGACGCAGAAGACGAUGGCGGCGUCCGCGGAGUUACAUCAUCGAUCUUGCUACAGUCGCAACAAGAUUCCGCGCUCCCUCUCCUCUCACUCCCGCUGCAGCAGGACACAUUAGUUCCGUCCUCGUCGAUGAUCAAGGAGCAGCAGUCGCCGUCGGAUCUCGACUUAUGAGGAAGUUGGAGGGUACAAGAAAGGUUAUUGCCAUUGCCUUACGGAUCAACUGGGAAGGACACUGGAAGACUAAGUUGGCCACAGUUUUGUAGGUUCUUCUUUCCUACUUUUAAGAAAUUGAAAGAACAGAAGGAGCAUCCAAAUUAAACCUCUUUUUCCUCCUCAUAGUCUUCUGUUUCCAUUUGUACAUAUACCGAAAACAUAAAAGGCUGAUAAGCCUGCCUAGGAUUCUAAAAUCCAUGCUUGGCUCAGUGCUUCUGCUUUAAGCUCUGAUGAACUUGCUGAUUAAUGUUCUUCUUUCUAAUUAAGCCAGGUUUUCUCAGCUUCAACUAAAAUGGGCAGAGUUCCGGAGCAAUGGAGGUCAGAUCCGGAUCCUUCUCCAUCCAUUUAUUAUCUUCCGCUUAUCAGGAUCACUUUUUUGUCUUCUCUGCCUGCUCCUGUAUGUUACCCCAUCCAUGCAUUAUGACUAACAUAUGACAGGAAUGUAUAGCUGCAAGUAUUUUCUUACUUUCUUUUUCUUAAAACUAAGGAAUGUAUAGCUGAGAACUUCAAUGAAAACAAGUAUCCUUAGCUUCCUCCACUUCAUUUAUGGGCAGUUAGAAGAUGGGUCAGCUUUGCUCUUUUGGCAAAUGAAUUGACGAGUUGUUGCUGUACUGAUAAGCACACACCAAAGACACUGGCUGCUGGCACUGUAUGUAUUCUUAGUUCUACUAAGAUGUUUUUGGUGUUGCUUGUCCAAAUUUUAGGGUUUGACUGGUCUAUUGUUGUUCUUACUACUACUCACAAACAAAACAAGAUUACAACAAAGAUAAAAUAAAUGCAAAAGUUGAAGAAUGGAGAAUAGUUAAAACUUUUCUUGUAUUAUGCAACUCCGAUGGCAAGAAUAACCUUACAUGUCUAAUUGAUUGUAUCAUAGAGAUUUUGUUGGAUGCGAAUCAUUAUCGGCUUUUUAAAUUUCCUCCUUAUAACCAUGUGUUGACUAAACAUGUGGAGUUUUUACUACUGUGUAUUUCUAUCAUAGAACUGCAGUUCUUAGAACUCUUUAUCCUCUCGUAAAGAUCCCAAUAACUCAUCUGCACAUGCAACUAUUCAUUUACGAGUUCAUAUGUUGGUUAUUUAUGCAUCAUUGCGUGCAACCAUAUCAAUGUUAAUUCGUGGUCUCUAUCAGAAUUUAUCUGUGAUUGUAUUAACUUAAUUUCAAUGCCUUUGUAGUCAUUUCUUCAUGGCUCAUACCUCGGGAGACUAACAAGUAUAUCCUCUACUGUUGACCGUAUUGCUUUUUAUCGGAGUGUGUCAGUGUAUUACUUGUCCUUUAUGUGUCUCAAGUGCCAAUUCACUAGUUGA